AUGAAAAUCAUUGCUGACAUCAUUCAAAGCAUAGCUGACAAGGUGGAUGCAGCAACAACCUUCAACAUCUGCGUCACGAGGGACCAGAUGCUGGAAAGAGGCAUGAAACUGUGGCAAAGACAAAAUAAAUCUUCCCCCAAAAACCUUACAGUUUCAUUCAUAGGAGAGGCUGGCAUUGACAGUGGUGCCCUGAGGAAGGAAUUUUUAACUGAAAUGCUGGCAGGGAUCGAGAGGAGGUUUUUUGAGGGGGGAAUUGAUGGCAAAGUACCAAAGUACUCAAUGACCGACUUUGAAAAAUACAACUUCAGGACUAUUGGAGAAAUAUUUGCUGUGAGUCUUGCACAAGGGGGACCACCACCAAACUUUUUAAUGCAUUGGUGUUACAUCUACAUAUCCACUGGUGAAUUUGACCUGGGAUCAAUAACUGAAAAGGACGUUGUGGACCUGGAGCUCAUCGAACUUAUAAAAGAGUUCUACACUAUAGUGAGGUUACUGCCCAUGCUCCAACAAACCUCCUCUGGAAUGAAACUGUAUGACCUCCUCACCUUAGUCCAGCAGGAAAACAACAUCUGCAGACAGCUUUUUGUUCCAGGAUCUUUUGGCAAGGUGGAUGCUGAUUUUCUCGUGCAGUCCCUAUCCCCUGUCUUUAGUGAGAUUGGCACAAUGAGACAUCAAAGAGAGUCCACAGUGGUCAACUUUCUCCAAGACUUUGUACAGGCUAUGGAGGAUGAAGGUAAGAGGAUGAACACAACUCAGAGACCAGAGAAGAAGAUGAGGUCAACAAGGCUGAAAAACAAAACAAUGAGACAUAUUAAUGUUGGCAAGUUCUGCCAGUGGCUAACAGGACAAUCUCAUAUUCCUUUAAGUUAUGCAGAACGUAAACACUUUAAAAUGGUCAUGGAAUUUGACCAUGACUGUGAGGUUCGUUAUGGUGCAAAUCAUACCAUCUGCUAUCCUGUGGUUAAUGCAUGUUCCUGCUCAGUUUCAUUCCCAGUUGCACACCUGAGAACAUAUGCAGAGUUCAAAACGGUACUCUCUCAGGCCAUUGUCAAUGGCUUUGAAUUUAGCCGGUAUUGAGGGGUUUAAAUUUAAGGAGGAGACCCACUGUGCAAUGAGUGGUCCACGACAUGUGUAUAAGGCGUCAUCAAUAAAACCUACAGGAGAUGUCCUCAGGGAGGCCACAGUGAAAGCUUUACUAUGUCUUUCCAUGGAGGUCUUGUCUUGAUGUGAAAUGAAUAGGGGUAGGGGAAUAAAAAUUGUGAUUUCACAUUGAAUCAAAUCUAAACCUCCUGCAUGACAGGUGAGAUUUCUACCAUCUGGACCACCAGUGCAUCCGAGGUAACAUUGAGUCUUGUAAGCAUCACAUCACAGGUAUGAGAUGGUUACUAAGGUAUUGUAAUACUCAAUAUUACUAAGGAUCAUGCACUGGUGGGCGAGUAGUAAGAGUCCCACUUGUCAUGCAGGAGAUUUAGGUUCGAUUCAAUGUAAGUAGAGAGAUGAUGCCUUGGAGAGGUGUUUUGGAUCAGUCUUUGCUCAGUGGGGAUGAAUGAACUCCAAACUCAUUGUAUGCGCAGUGAUUUCACAUGUUCAUGGCAGACAAUGUAUAGUUGUUCAUUAGUCAAGUUUGGGUCAGUCGGAUCAAUGAGAGUUUGGAGUUCAUUCAGCUCCUCCUCAGUUAGAGGGCAAUCAUAUUCAGGCACCACAAUGCCAGUUUCAGGUUCCGAGUCGUUGCCAUUGUAAUCAGCCGCAGUCUCCCAAUCAAUGUCCAGCUCUUGAAGAUCCUAUGUGCCAAAAGAGAGUAUUUUAGUUUGCACAGAUCAUUACAGUGUAUGGUUGUUAUUUAUUUUCAAGGUGUUCCAUUCUUCCUGGAUCUUUGUUCAAUAAACACUAAUUCAAUCCUC